AUGGCCACCUCACGCAUCGUGGCUCUGUUGGCGGUCGUUCCACUUUUGCCUUUUGUACUUAUCUUGCUACUUCAACUGGGGCUGCGCGCCCUCGGCUGGCAUCUACAGGCCAAUACUAAAGAGAGGAAGGAAGCAAUCGUCAGACGUGUCGAGGCUGAGAGAGCGGCUGUCACAGAACAUCAACGUUCCCAAGAAGCGGAAGACGGGUGGGAAAAGAUCGAAAAGUCUGGCACGGCUGAGAAUGGCCAUCCUGUUCCGGAUGACUGGAAUGGGGUUGUUGGUUUCUUCCAUCCCUUUUGCAACGCUGGCGGAGGAGGUGAAAGAGUGCUCUGGGCUGCUAUAGCUGCGACUCAGCGACGGUGGCCUAAUGCCAUAUGCGCCGUCUAUACUGGUGACCACGACAUUGAGCGAGGGGCCGUGGUCGCCGCUGUCAGAAAUCGCUUUGAUAUCGCCCUUCAAGAGCAUUCAUUGGUCUUCCUAUACCUGUCAAGGCGCAAUUUCGUUCUUGCCAGCAACUACCCCUACCUUACGUUAUUGGGACAGUCGCUGGGAUCUUUGGUCCUAGCAUAUGACGCCUUUCAGCUUCUAGUUCCGGACACAUUCAUCGACACCAUGGGCUAUGCUUUUGCCGUGGCCUUCUGCAAAUACCUGUUUCCAAAAGUACCGACAGCAGCGUACGUCCACUAUCCGACCAUCUCAACCGACAUGCUUGAGAGCCUGGACGACACGACUGGUGAUAGGGGCAUUCACUCCGGUGCUGGGAAGGGUUUGAAGGGUACAGGGAAGAGGUACUACUGGCACGCCUUCGCGAAGCUGUAUGGCUUUGUAGGGCGACAAAUCGAUGUUGUUAUGUGCAACUCUACCUGGACGCAAGGUCAUAUACGGCAACUGUGGAAACCGAAAAAGGCAUCGUCAUCUUUCGCCACCAUCAUCUAUCCACCUUGCCCUGUGGAGGAACUAGAAAAGAAGAUCGAUCUGACGCCUGAAGGUGAAAAGCAACGAGGAAACACUGUUCUUUAUAUCGCCCAGUUUCGGCCGGAGAAGAACCAUUCUCUGAUCCUUCGAGCAUUCGCCAAGUUUUACCAUGCGACAAAAGACAAGCCUAAAUUGGUGUUGAUUGGAUCCGUCAGAAGCAGUACGCCGGACGAGAGGCACGUCUACAACCUUCGGCUCGAGGCACGAGAGCUCAAGGUCCAGGAUGCCACGACAUUCAUCUGUGACGCCCCUUUCUCGGUGAUCCUCGACCAUCUCAGGACAUCGAGUAUCGGCACAAAUGGAAUGUACGCUGAGCAUUUCGGAAUUGGAAAUGUCGAGGGACUAGCGGCGGGACUGGUUCCCGUGGUCCAUAACAGCGGUGGGCCCAAGCUGGACAUUGUGGUGCCUUUCCAGGGUCUCCCAAUUGGCUUUCUGGCGGACACCGACGAUGACUAUGCUGCCGCGUAUGCUCGGGUGGCAGCUAUGAGCGCACAAGAGAGGCUUGAGAUGAGAUUGAGAGGUCGAGCCAGCACGAAACGAUUCACCGAGGAAGCCUUUGCCCGGAAAUGGGUGGCAGAAAUGGAGACCUUGGUUGGGAUGCAGAAGUCAAGAUGA